AUGGAACAAGAUAUCGAAUUUGAAAAUCAGAUUCGGCCAAUAUUACAUGAUGUUGGAAACCUUGUUGAUAUUUUGGUAUCAGGCGAUCAGUCAAUGAUCGCUAUUGACUGUUUUAAGAAGAAACUCAUACUCAAAAUGAGUGGUGAUCAAGUCCAAUCUCGUGUUGAACUUGAUCAACAUGGUCCAUCAAUGUUUAUUCCUGGUAGUAAUCGAUUGCUUAUUUAUGAUGCACCUAAUGUAUAUGAAUAUAAUUUACAAGGCGAUAAAAUUGCUUGGCAAGAUAUCUCUCAAACAAAAUCAGUUGAUGUUGGUAGACCCCAACGUAACCCCCAAACUACCGUCAACAUAUUCGACCUGAUCGAGUUUGUAGGUAUAGAAGAUUAUGGAAAGUACAGGCAAUUAAUCAAUGGAAUACUUGAAGAAGAAUCGGCUGCUAAAGAUUUGAUUCUCUUCAGAUAUAGAAAGAAGGAUAAAACACUCAUUCUCAUGAACACAUCCUACGUAGGUGAAAAGUGGAUAAUAACUGUUAACCUUACGACCGGAAAGAAGAGCGUUAAUCGACUGACAUUGAGUCAUGGUGCUCGUGUUGUGUAUGUUGAUGAUGAUUAUCUUUAUGUUUGGGAAAGAAACAAAGAUGAUAGACGUAGCUUGAAAUGUUACAAGUUUGGGGAUGGUGAAUAUCAAUUACUGCAAAAUAUUGACUACCAAAGGAAGGAAGGAUUAAUCUGUAAAAUAAUGAUGAAUUAUAACCCUCAUAAGAUUGAACAUUCGCCUCUUCGGAUGAAGAAAGAAAAAUUAGUUGAUGUAUGGGGAGAGAAAGAUGCCGAAAUGAUUGCUAAUGUAUUAGCAAUCAUUGAUUAUGUAAUGAUGAUGGAUGUGUGCUUUGUACAGAUGGAUAAAGUAUACCCUAAUGUCAGUAAAACCAAUGCCCAAAAAUAA